CGCGCACACAUUGGCUACUCCCGUGUUUCAUAUUUCCUGUAUGGACGAGUGUGGACGAGGCAUGGCAGGAUGUAAGUGCAUACACAAUCCCACGUGUCAAAAAAUGUAUAAAACACUAGUUACCGCGCUGUACGCGUUCUUUUAUGCAGCUGAAAUCCACGCGUGCUGAAUAUGGUCGCGAAAACCCGUGCUGAAGGUUAGUCGUAAAUAACUGCCGUAGACCAUUCAUGAAUAUGCGCGUGUAGAGCUGUGAAAAUGUUGCGGCGACGACACGUCAACGUUAAAACCGUCAAGGAGCUGGACGCGUUCCCGAAGGUUCCCGAGUUGUACGUCGACAAAACCGCGGUUGGUGGAACAUUUUCUGUUUUUACAAUUCUUAUUAUCGCGUACCUGGUGAUAGCUGAAACGAGCUAUUAUCUUGACAGUAGAUUGCAAUUCAAAUUUGAGCCGGACACGGAAAUCGACGCGAAGCUACAAAUCAAUAUUGACGUAACGGUGGCGAUGCCAUGCGGCCGUAUCGGCGCCGAUGUUCUAGACUCUACGAAUCAGCAUAUGAUAGACUUCGAUUCCUUGAAGGAAGAGGACACGUGGUGGGAGCUUACGCCGGAACAAAGGGCACAUUUUGAAGCUCUGAAGCACAUGAAUUCGUAUUUAAGGGAGGAGUACCAUGCCAUUCAUGAGCUACUUUGGAAAUCCAAUCAGGUUACUCUUUACAGCGAGAUGCCGGAGCGAUCGUACGUGCCGGAUUAUGCACCAAAUGCCUGCCGUGUUCACGGUAGUCUGAACGUUAACAAAGUGGCGGGUAACUUUCACAUAACCGCGGGUAAAUCGUUGUCUGUGCCGCACGGGCAUAUACACAUUUCUGCAUUUAUGACUGACCGGGACUACAACUUUACUCAUAGAAUCAAUAGAUUCUCUUUCGGUGGACCUAGCCCGGGCAUUGUGCAUCCCCUUGAAGGCGACGAGAAGAUUGCGGAUAACAAUAUGAUGCUUUAUCAGUAUUUCGUCGAGGUUGUCCCUACAGACAUCAGAACACUGCUGAGUACGUCCAAGACGUACCAAUACAGUGUCAAGGAUCAUCAGAGACCAAUUGAUCAUCAUAAAGGAUCUCAUGGAAUACCCGGGAUUUUCUUCAAGUACGACAUGAGUGCACUUAAGAUCAAAGUGACCCAGGAGCGUGAUACAAUUUUUCAGUUUUUAGUGAAGCUGUGUGCCACUGUAGGUGGUAUUUUUGUCACAAGCGGAUUGGUCAAGAACCUUGUACAAAGCUUCUGGUAUAUUGUGAGAUGCAAAUUUCUCAAUUUGGAGAGGCAAGCAGAUAAUUAUGGAUUAUCUGUCCCGUCACAUUCCACAAAUUAUCAGCCGUCUAAUACUAUAAAUUUACUUGAUGUUACAGCCCCUCAAAGUAUUGAUAUCAUGCAUCCUCAAUAAAAAUUUGUAUUCUAGA